CUGGCUAGUUUUCCAGGACUCAGUCCUGGGCUGUGGGGCAAGCCACUGGGUUCUUCAAGGGAUAAACCCUCCGAGAAAGGAUCCAUCUUUGGUAAAAGGAGCUGCCAGCAGGUGGGAAUGAGAUCGCGAAACCAAGGUGGAGAAAGUUCAUCUAACAGGCAUGUCUCCUGCCCCAAGUCCUCCAUCAUCAGCAAUGCUGCUGGUACAGGUCCCUCGGAAGAGGCAAAAAAGAACAAGGCAAAUCGGAAGGAAGAUGAUGUCAUGGCUUCAGGAACUGUCAAACGGCACCUCAAGCCAUCUGGAGAAAGUGAAAAAAAGACCAAGAAGUCUCUGGAGUUAUCCAAGGAGGAUCUCAUCCAGCUCCUGAGUAUAAUGGAAGGAGAGCUGCAGGCUAGAGAAGAUGUGAUUCACAUGCUGAAGACAGAGAAAACCAAGCCUGAGGUUCUGGAGGCACAUUAUGGAUCUGCAGAGCCAGAGAAGGUGCUUCGGGUCCUGCACCGAGAUGCCAUCCUUGCUCAAGAGAAGUCCAUAGGAGAAGAUGUCUAUGAGAAACCCAUCUCAGAGCUGGACAGACUGGAGGAAAAGCAGAAGGAGACGUACCGCCGCAUGCUGGAGCAGCUGCUGCUGGCCGAGAAGUGUCACCGGCGCACGGUGUACGAGCUGGAGAACGAGAAACACAAGCACACUGACUACAUGAACAAGAGCGACGACUUCACCAACCUGCUGGAGCAGGAGCGAGAGAGGUUGAAAAAGCUCCUUGAACAAGAAAAGGCUUACCAAGCCCGCAAAGAAAAAGAAAAUGCUAAGAGGCUCAAUAAACUUCGAGACGAGCUUGUGAAACUCAAGUCCUUCGCACUCAUGCUGGUGGACGAGAGGCAGAUGCACAUUGAGCAGCUGGGCCUGCAGAGUCAGAAAGUGCAGGACCUCACCCAGAAACUGAGGGAGGAGGAAGAGAAGCUCAAAGCUGUCACCUACAAAUCCAAAGAAGACCGCCAGAAACUGCUCAAGUUAGAAGUGGACUUCGAACACAAGGCCUCGAGGUUCUCCCAGGAGCAUGAGGAGAUGAAUGCCAAACUGGCGAACCAGGAGUCUCACAACAGACAACUUCGACUCAAGCUGGUUGGCUUAUCUCAAAGGAUCGAAGAACUGGAAGAGACCAACAAAAACCUCCAGAAGGCCGAGGAAGAGCUUCAGGAGCUGAGGGAUAAAAUCUCCAAAGGGGAAUGUGGGAACUCCAGCCUCAUGGCAGAGGUGGAAAGCCUGCGGAAGCGCGUGCUGGAGAUGGAGGGCAAGGAUGAAGAGAUCACUAAGACGGAGGCCCAGUGCAGGGAGCUGAAGAAGAAGCUGCAGGAGGAGGAGCACCACAGCAAGGAGCUCCGGCUCGAGGUGGAGAAGCUGCAGAAGAGGAUGGCGGAACUGGAGAAGCUGGAGGAAGCCUUCAGCAGGAGUAAGUCGGAAUGCACCCAGCUCCAUCUGAACCUGGAGAAAGAGAAGAAUCUAACCAAAGACCUGCUGAAUGAGCUGGAGGUGGUCAAGAGUCGAGUUAAAGAACUCGAGUGCUCGGAAAGUAGACUGGAGAAGGCUGAGUUGAGCCUCAAAGAUGACCUCACGAAGCUCAAGUCCUUCACUGUGAUGCUGGUGGACGAAAGGAAAAAUAUGAUGGAAAAAAUAAAGCAAGAAGAGAGAAAAGUGGAUGGGUUGAAUAAAAACUUUAAGGUGGAACAGGGAAAGGUUAUGGACGUCACUGAAAAACUAAUCGAGGAAAGCAAGAAGCUUUUAAAACUCAAGUCCGAGAUGGAGGAAAAGGUGUCCAGUUUGACAAAGGAGAGGGAUGAACUGAUGGGUAAGCUGAGAAGUGAAGAGGAGAGGUCCUGUGAACUGAGCUGCAGCGUCGAUGUACUGAAGAAGCGGCUUGAUGGCAUAGAGGAGGUGGAAAGGGAAAUAAACAGAGGGAGGUCGGGCAAGGGGCCUGAGUUCACUUGCCCCGAAGACAAUAAGAUCAGGGAACUAACGCUGGAAAUCGAGAGGCUGAAGAAGCGUCUCCAGCAGCUGGAGGUGGUGGAAGGCGACUUGAUGAAGACAGAGGAUGAGUAUGACCAGUUGGAGCAGAAGUUCAGAACCGAGCAGGACAAGGCAAACUUCCUCUCCCAGCAGCUGGAAGAAAUCAAGCACCAAAUGGCCAAGAACAAAGCCAUAGAGAAAGGAGAGGCUGUGAGCCAGGAAGCCGAGCUGCGGCACAGGUUUCGGCUGGAGGAGGCUAAGAGUCGUGAUUUGCAGGCUGAGGUGCAGGCUCUCAAGGAGAAGAUCCACGAGCUGAUGAACAAAGAAGACCAGCUGUCCCAGCUCCAGGUGGACUAUUCGGUCCUUCAGCAAAGGUUUAUGGAAGAAGAGAAUAAGAACAAGAACAUGGGGCGGGAGGUUCUCAAUCUGACCAAAGAGCUGGAGCUGUCCAAGCGUUACAGCCGCGCUCUCAGGCCCAGCGGGAACGGCAGGAGGAUGGUGGACGUGCCGGUGGCCUCCACCGGAGUGCAGACCGAGGCGGUGUGCGGGGAUGCUGCGGAGGAGGAGACCCCGGCUGUGUUCAUUCGCAAAUCCUUCCAGGAAGAAAACCACAUCAUGAGCAAUCUUCGACAGGUGGGCCUGAAGAAGCCCAUGGAACGAUCCUCGGUCCUCGACAGGUAUCCCCCAGCAGCCAACGAGCUCACUAUGAGGAAGUCCUGGAUUCCUUGGAUGAGAAAAAGAGAAAACGGCCCUUCUACCCCACAGGAGAAAGGGCCUCGGUCAAACCCAGGUGCAGGGCACCCCGGGGAGCUGGUCCUAGCACCAAAGCAGGGCCAGCCCCUGCACAUCCGGGUGACACCAGACCACGAGAACAGCACCGCGACCCUGGAGAUCACAAGCCCCACGUCUGAAGAGUUUUUCUCUAGUACCACCGUCAUUCCUACUUUAGGCAAUCAGAAACCAAGGAUAACCAUUAUUCCAUCACCCAAUGUCAUGUCGCCAAAGCCCAAAAGUGCAGAUCCGACUCUCGGCCCAGAACGAGCCAUGUCCCCUGUCACGAUUACAACUAUUUCCAGAGAGAAGAGCCCGGAAGGUGGAAGGGGUGCCUUUGCAGACAGACCCGCGUCUCCCAUCCAGAUCAUGACGGUGUCAACAUCCGCAGCUCCCUCUGAAAUUGCUGUCUCUCCUGAAUCCCAGGAAGUACCAAUGGGAAGGACUAUCCUUAAAGUCACCCCAGAAAAACAAACUGUUCCCACCCCGGUGCGGAAGUACAACUCCAAUGCCAAUAUCAUCACCACGGAAGACAAUAAAAUUCACAUUCACCUGGGUUCCCAGUUUAAACGAUCCCCGGGGCCUGCAGCUGAAGGCGUGAGUCCAGUUAUCACCGUCAGGCCCGUCAAUGUGACAGCUGAGAAGGAGGUUUCCACAGGCACAGUCCUUCGCUCUCCCAGGAACCACCUCUCUUCACGACCUGGUGCUAGCAAAGUGACCAGCACUAUAACCAUAACCCCGGUCACAACAUCCUCCACACGAGGAAUCCAGUCAGUGUCGGGACAAGAUGGGUCAUCUCAGCGGCCUACACCCACCCGCAUUCCUAUGUCAAAAGAAAGCAUCAUCAUUCACCAGUUGCGAAUGAGCUCCAGAUGAGAUUACCAAGCACAGCCCUCAGUCAUCACUAAGGUCCUCCAUGCUACUGAUGUUGACUGGAAACACCCUAUGACUUCCAGUGAUUUUGUUUUGAGGAUACAAUUUAACAGUUAAAAACCACAUUGUGGAUGAUAUGAACAAAUGUAGCAAAAGCAAUUGAGUCUUUGUGCCAAAGAAAGUUUUCUUCUCUUUGCAAAGCUUUCAGGUCUGUGGGCACAUGCUGUGUAAUUUAUUUUUAUAAUACAUUUUGUAAUGUGAUUUCUUUCCCUAAAUUGUUUCUUUUCUCAUAGUCUGUGGCACAUAUAUCUGUAGAUUACACUGUCAGUUCUUCAAAGUAUUGAUAUUGUGUAUUUAAGAGGUUAAUGUAUCCUUUUCUUUUUAUUAAUUUGUUAUUUUUAAGGAAGAAAAAGCACAACACUCUAUUUCCCUGGGCAACUUUAAGAGGUAAAACCUACAAACAGUAGAUUCGUGGGGUCUUCUUACUCAUAUGAUGCUGUGGUCCCGAUUGUGGUUCAACACUGAAAACAGUGUUCUGGCUUAGGAGUUUAAGUACUUAAAGCCAAUUUGUGUCUCCUGCUUGUGUUCUGUAUGGGAAACAAACAGCUUUGGCUGGCGGUUCAACUUUAUUUCUAUCUGCAUUAUUAUUAUGUAUACAAAACAUAAUAGUGACUGUGAUGUUAGGGUGCUUCCCACAUAUUACUUCUACCCCCACAAAAGGUUACAAAUAAAAAUGAACCUAGAAAAUGUCAACCUUUUUUUUUUUUUUCAAAAAAAUAGGGAGACUCAAAUGCAGAUAAUCACUUCCCUCUGAUUUUCACUGACUUUCACAACUCCAUGUAGGUUGCGGAGAACGACUCCUACUAUUACUAUUCUUCUUGGUACAGGUUCUUGCUAUAUAUCCCCAGCUGGCCUAAAACUGGCUGGGUAGACUAGGCUGGCCUUGACCUCAAGGGAUCUGCCUGUCUGUGCCUCUCACAGGUGCUGGGACUAAAGACAUGUGCCAUUGUGUAAAGAGUAUGUUUUUAAAGAAUUAAAAGCCCAAACUGUAUUACUCAAGUCUCGAUGUCAGAGCUGCUGUUGAAUUUAGGUUUACGUGAAAAUGUGAAGUCUACUUGAAACUCUACUUUAAAAAAAAAAAAAUACUGCCGAUGGGGGUGGGAAUGUUUCCAAUAAGAUCUUUAAAAUAACUUUAAAGAUAAAUUAAAGGUUGACAGUUUAGUUUCUAAAUGCAGAAGUCAUUUAUCAUACUACUUAAGUGUGAAUGAAGAGCCAAUGCUUCUUCUGAAUGUUAUGAGGUAAGUAAAAUCACCCAAGUUAAGUUCUGCAAGCUCACUACUAUAGUCCACAAGCUGUACCCACAUCAGCCACAGAGUCUCUGGAAUGGGAAACACAAUGCGACAUUUCCUCCCUUAUGUAACCUAGGUUUUAAUGUAAUCUGUGGAACUGACAAAUCAUAGUCAAUAUAUACUGUAAAUGAAAUAACUAUAUCUUCUAAAAACUAUUCUUGCUUUGUUAAAAGUCAGAUAAAUGUUAUGUUAGGCUUACCCAAGCUUGAAUGACUCUGGAGGUCUCACAUAACCUUCUGUGGUUUUGAUUACUGACCCAGAAGCCUGGGGGAUGUGUGUGUGUGAGAAGAUUUUUAAAAGUGUUGUUUUGUUUUCUUAAAAUGUAGUGACAUUUUCAAUCACAAAACAGUUCUCAUUUUAUUUAGUUUUUUGUUUGUUUGGUUAGUUGGUUUUUGGUUUUUCAAGACAGGAUUUCUCUGUGUAGCUCUGAUUAUCCUGGAUCUUACUCUGUAGACCAGGCUGGUCUCGAACUCACAGAGAUCCGCCUGCCUCUGCCUCCCGAGUGCUGGGAUUAAAGGCGUGCGCCACCACUGCCCGGCUUUAUUUAGUAUUUUUAUAUUGACAGGGAAGUAAAGUUUUUAGGUGGCGCAGUUGCCUGAAGCUUAAUUAUUUGCUUUGAAUUAAAACAUCACCAGUGUGUGUAUUCGUACUUGAUGGGUUCUUCUCACCAGAGUUGUAAUGAUUUUUGGUGUUUUGCAAAGACAGUGGGGAUCAUGUUGCAACCAGUCAUCUGGGUAGACGCUGAGGUUUUUCUGUCUACCUUACCAUGAAUUUCUUUGGUUAAACAUGAAUGACAGUUAAGUAAAAUGAACACAUUAUAUUUGAAAAAAAAAGAGAGAAUAUUAACAAGAUCACAAUCACAUCUUAGCAACUUGUCUAGUUGUAAAAGUUGCCAUCACAAGCAAGUCUGGCGCUAACCUGGAUUACAUUGUACAACUUCAAUUUCUUUUACUGUAAAUAUGUCUUCAUCAAUUUGAAUGAGACUAAUUUUUGGAUGGAAUAAUUUGGAUGUUUCCCGGAGUGUAAUCAGUAUUUCAUGUUCAAGUCACAAUUGAACUAGUCAAUUUGUUUUAUGCUUGAUUUAUUGUUAUUUUGUUUUGUUUUGAAGGCAGGGUCUCCCUAUGUAUCCCUGGUUGGCCUGGAACUCGCUAUGUAGAAUUCACAGAGAUCUGCCUCUCUCUGUUUCCUGAGUGCUGGGAAUAAAGGUGUCCGAUUCAAUGCCCAGCCUUUACACUUGUUUUUUGAGACAGAGUUUCACUAUCUAGCCCAGGCUGUCCUCAAACACACUACAUAGCUGAGGUUAGGCUUGAACUUGUGAUCCUCCUGCCUCAGUCACCUGAGUGUUAGCAUUACAAGGAUAAGUCACAAUGCUGGCUUUAUCUUUCCUCUUGGUAACUGUUUUCGUUUAUUUGAUUUUGGUUUUCAUAUCUUCUGCACUUUUUUUCAAGAGUUCAUAAAGUAUUGAGCAGAUAGUGGAUAGAGUAUAUAUGCACAGGAUGCUGAUGCCCAGAAUGUACAUAAAACAUGAAUUUGUUGAGUCUUAAGACAACUAUUAAGAAAUCAUGAUGUGGGAUAUCUAACACCAACACAGACACUACUGAAAUAAUGUAGAGCUUAUAAAAGUCAGAGGCAACGCAAGAGUAAAUGGUUUAUUAGGCAUGUGAUGUUUUUAUCUAAUGCCAUGGUUGAACUUUUCUGGAAAUACAGGAAAAAAAAACAUGGAGGAAGCUGAGUGUGUUCUCAAAUUGCUUGAGCAACACAUCUAAAAAUGACAAGUACAAAAUGAAACAACAUCAUCCUUGGUACCUGAGGCUCACACCCUCUUACCCCUACUGCUAAACCAGUGAUAAAAAAAAACCAAUUAGAAGGCAAAGAGGAGAAAAAAUAAAAAUAACUGUAAUAAACAUAAAAAUCAGAAGUUUUCUGACCAUUAAUAUUUGUUUCUUAAAUUUUUAGUAUUUACUUCAUAACUACAUAAUAACUGUUGUUUAUGGAAAAUAUAAUAGUUUCACAAAUUUUGGACAGGUAUGUUUAUGGAUGCCAUGGUGUGAUACAGGCAUUUUUUUUUUUGGCUCAUGUUAUUUGGGAGAAUUUCACCUUAUCAUCUAAUAUAUUUUGUUACUUUACCAGUGCAAAUUUGAAUUUUUAAUCUAAUUUUAAAAAAAGAACAUAAAGCAUUUGUUUCUUCAAUAUAAUAAAUGUAUAAUGUGAUCAGUCAGUCUUAGAAUUCUUCAAGUUUUAACAGAGUUUUCAAAAGCCAGAGUAUAUUUUGGAAGGCUUUUAGAAAUACAUUCUAUUUUUCUAUCAUUCUUAAUUUUGCCUUCUUUAAGUUCUAUUAAGUACAUACGUUUAUUAUUUCACACUGAAGCCAUAUGAUUUUAUGUACUUGUCUUUUAUAUGAAUGUAAUACCCUGUUUUCAGCUCUUUAUAGGUGAUUGAAAUUAAAAUUAAGACAUUCUCUAUGUUACUUUCAAAAAUCAAAUACGUUUCUGGAAAUCUCACCAGAGUAUGAAAAAAUGACAAUGAAAUAUGAAAGCAUUGUGCAAUAUCCUUUUUACAUAAGAGCAUAAUAUUCAUAAAAUUAGAACAAUUUAAAAUAAAUUUACAACUUUUUAACAAUUUA